UACGAAGCCCUUAAUUAAUCCCUUCCCUCCCAGGCCAGGAUAGCACAUUCAAGGCCAAGUUCCACCGCAGCAGUUCCUCGUUCCCUAUUUGCUUCGCUUCGCCGAUUCAAUUUCUUCUCCGCGCAACGCCGCUUCUGCUCCAGAAAACCGAUCGUUGAUUCGAGGAGUGGGGAGGAGUAAGGUAAAGCAACGAACUGGGUUGUUUCUUGUUCAGAUAGGCGUAAUGGCGGGAAGGGAAGUCCGAGAAUACACCAACCUCACCGAUCCCAAAGAUAAGAAAUGGGGCAAGGGGAAGGAUAAAAUCGACGAUGAAGAUGUCACCUUUCAGCGCAUGGUUGCUAAGAAUCAGAGAGUUAGGAUUCCAAAAGCAAACAGGAUAGGACAGCAGGAAAUCACACAAGCUAGUGAUAACAUUGCUCAGGAUCCUGGCUUGUCCCAUGGGGUUGAUGAUGCGGACAGAUGCAAGAAGUUGCUGGAGAACGCGGAGGAUAUCUUCAUGGGAGAGGCGCAUUGGACAGUGAUGACCUACUUUAUCUCAAGGAGCAGAUGGAAGCUGAAGAGGAUGCUGAACGGCUCCUCAGGCGUACGGAAAAGAGAGCAUUUGCUGCUUUUAAAAUAUCCUUUUGUUGCUCGGAAUAAAAUAGCAAAAUCCAUCAAUGUUGAGCACUUGAUUGUUUAUCUUUUUCAUACAAGUGCUGCAACCUUGGCGGAUACUACGCCAGCCACAGUUCCAUUACCACUUCGCGUGGAGCCCAAACCAAAGAGCGGCAUAAGGCAGCAGGAUCUACUGAAAAAAGUGGUGGAAGUUAAACCCAAGCGUCCUCGAGUUUCAAGCAAUCAUGGUUCAGAAAAUCCGAAGCACGAGAACUGUCGGGAGAACAAAGAAGAAGAGUCUGAUUUAUCAACAUCAACCAAACCAGAGUGCGAGAAUAAGCCGACUAAAGUUGAAGCAGAGGGGGAUUCUGUCAAAAGCUUACUAGGGUUAGCAUAUGAAAGUUCUGAUGAUGAAGAGGACUGAGGAACAAAUCCCUGUGUUGUGUUGUUAUGAUAUCAUUGUCGUUAUGGUGUUCUCAUGCCACAUGAAAAAUAUUUACUCAUCGUGUCAUAGUAGCAAGUCACUCACGUUGAACUGACAAUUUUGGAUGUGUAAGUAGUUCAAAUAUCGAGCUGGGUUAUGCUGCUGCAGUGCUAGUGUAAUUUGCUGCCAUUCCCUCGCUGUAUCGACAGUGUUUUCGAGCAAUUUAAAAGCUUUGAUGGG